CGGCUACGGUUUAAGAGAGGGUCGGUACAAGCCAAUUUCACUCUCUUAAAUCCGGCUUUCUGUUAUAUCGUGUUGGCUACGGUAUAAGAGAGAAUUCUCUUAAACAGUAUCUCACUAUAAGAGAAUAUUCUCUUAUAUCGUUGACAAAACUAAAGGUCGUGAAACAGGGACUCUCGCGCACUGACUACACUCGAAUGCCAAAAUAGGUCAUGAAGAGAGCGUAUCAUGCAUGUCACUUGCGCAGCUAGCGUUACCACGUCGGGCUACCUCCAAACACCGCUCAUUCUCUUGGUUGGCAAGCACGUGGACCCAAGUACUGCUGUACGUGGACCGAAGCGAAAGAUAGCCGGGGAAGCGGCGGUGGGGGGGAAGAAACGGCGACCGGGCACUGCUGUAGAAGCGAGUAGGGCGGCCGAGGCAGCACUUGUGGCGAACUAUGUACCCGGCUGAUGCUGUUGCGCCCUGUUUCCCUCCCUGCUGUAUGCUAUACUCCUUNNNNGGGGGGGAAGAAACGGCGACCGGGCACUGCUGUAGAAGCGAGUAGGGCGGCCGAGGCAGCACUUGUAGCGAACUAUGUACCCGGCUGAUGCUGUUGCGCCGUGUUUCACUCCCUGCUGUAUGGUAUACUCAUUUAUGUAUGUCCUUUGUAUUGCCUUCGGCCUCUGUGCUGUGUUUCUGUGUUUCUUUUUUUCAUUACCUCCCUGCCUACUCUGCUGUGUUGGGUACCGUGAUCUCGCUUUGCUGUUGCCUUUGUUUUUGUACGUCUGGCUGUCUGCCCAUCUGCCGCCUCUUUGUCCUGUUUGCUCCGUUACUCCCAUGCCCUGGUGCGUAGUGCCUGGUGCUGGUACGUUACCCUUUGAUUUGUUUUUUAGGCGGGUGUGGGAAGCGUCCUCCUUUAUCUUUGUUUUUGUUUUAUUUUGAUCGGUUUCCGAGGGCUCUCUUCUCGGACGGUCGGUGCGAUACCUGUUCUUUUCUUUCUAUCAUUUUGUUUUCUUU